GGGGUAUUGAUUUUUCCAUUCUCACGUCCUCUAAAAUAAAAAUAGGGUUUUAAAUAUGUUGGGUUACUUUUUGAUACCGUUUCUAUUGUGCUUAAGUUUAGCGAAUGCGGCUGUAUUAAUUUGGAGCAAUAAGGACAUAAAAUUGUCACCCCUAAAGCAAUUUGAUGAUGAAGACCUGAAUAAUUUAAAGGUGUCUUUAAAUAAUCCGCGAGUUUUCCUAUUUAAAUCUCCUACAUCUGAAAUAUCGCUGGAAUUUAAAAAGAUUAUAAGUGGGUAUAAGAGUGCAUACAAUCCCAAUGGAAAUAUUAAUGCCGAACAAGCUAUAGAACUAUCCGAUAUUUUUGAUUCUGAUUUUAAAAUUAUCAAGCAAACUAUAAACACAAAAGACUUUUUGGCAGUACUGUAUAUCCCAAAUACCAGAUUUAAGAGAGAAGUAGAAGGUAGUAGUUCAACUACAAGUACAACUGUUGAAACGAUUGAGUUCAAAAAACCUGAAGGUCCUGUAAUUUAUGUGGGCCAAAAUAAGGAUAAAUUGUACACUUUGAUGUACUCUUCAAAACCUUUAUUAUUAAGGGUUAAAGAUGAGAAAAUCUACUUGGGUACAACUCCACAGGACAUGAUAACUGUUGACAAAAGAUUGAAUGUAAAUGUUGUUUUGGAGAAUGGUGAUAAAGUGUCUCUAAGAUUCAGUUUUAUAACGGUAUAUGGAUAUUGGUCAAUGACUUCAGUUAAAAUUACUGAUACCAUGAAUAAUAUGAAUUUUAACUUGAAUAUCACCAGUGAUGUCACAGCAUCUGUUCAUUUUUCAUACCACUGCAGUGGUCAAACAGUUUUUGCUGAUAAAGCCAAUGAUGUCGAGUUAUACUUAUAUGACAUGCAAAUUCAAAUUGACUCAGAAAAUGGCAAAUUCAGUGAUGCUGAUGAUUGUGUUCCUUUCACAUCUGCCCCCAUUUGGUCAGGAUUGUUUGUAACAUUCCUGUUAGGAUUUGUUUUAAUGAUUGCCUUGGUAGCUAUUUUGGAUAUCAAAACUAUGGAUAAGUUUGACAAUGCCAAGACCAAAAAUUUAUCUAUCACUAUCUUUGAUUAAACAUUUAUUCUAUUAUGUACCUACCUAUGCUUUUUGUGAAUUGAAAAGAUCUGCUUGUAAGUAUUUUAAUUGUUGAUGUUAUUAAGAGCACUGUGUAGAAGAUCAUUGUCCAAGUUUAAUUGGUU